AUGUUAAUUAUUUGUACUAUAAUUUAUCUCAUUUUUUUUCGUCGUCGUUCACCACGAGUCUUUCUCACUGCAGCAGAUGUGGAUAAAUUUCAAAUGCAAAACAAUGUAAAUAAAACAUUUUAUCAACGUAUUCCUCGUAUUAUUCAUCAAACAUGGAAAGAUAAGCAAGUACCAGAACGUUGGAAUCGUUCUGUCGAAUCAAUACGACAAUUGAAUGCUGAUCAAUUUGAAUAUCGAUUAUGGACAGAUGCUGAUAUACAUACCUUUGUUCGUCAAGAGGAACCAUAUUUAUAUCAACAUACUUUUGUUAAAUACGCUCAUGAUAUACAACGUGUUGAUGCUUUUCGUUAUAUUGUCUUGCAUCGAUUAGGUGGUCUUUACAUUGACAUGGAUAAUGGAUGUUAUCAGUCAUUUGAAAGUUUAUUGAGAAUAUUAGAAGCAGUUGAUUCUGAUUCACCUCAUCUUGCUGCUUUUCCACGUACUAGUCCUAUCGGUAUUUCAAAUGGCUUUAUGAUAUCAACAAAAGGUCAUCCAUUAUUUAAAAAUCUUAUUUCACGUCUGCCUCUUUUUAAUCAUAAUUAUUUAAUUGAUUAUCUCACUGUUAUGAUGAGUGCAGGUCCAUUAUAUCUCUCAAUAAAUGAAUUUUAUUUCCAUCAAUUUUCUAAACAAGCAGUUGUACGUAUUGUUGAUGAAAUAGUAUAUUCAUCUAUAUACACAUGGCAUACACCAGGUAACUCAUGGCAUGGACGAGAUGCUCAAGUAGUUCUUUAUAUUUAUCACUGGUUCAGAAAACAUCCUUUGGCAAUUUAUUUUUCUCCUAUAUUACCAAUUAUUUUUAUCGUAGUAUUCAUACUAUGUCGACGUCGUUUACGAUAUCGAAGGAAAAUAUCUUGA